AGCACAAACUUGAGCUAGAACGCAGUUUCUUCCAGGUACUUAGCUAAAACAAUUCAAUGCAUCUUUCAAAGCUUUUCUCGCAGUAUAAAACAAUUUUGGCGUGGCUACUCUAAGCUGUUCCAUUCUCUCCCUCAAUUUUACACACCUUUAGCCACAGAAAAGCACUUGCUAAGCAUAGUAUAUUCUGUGUAAACUAACUAAUUUGCUCGUUUGGCAUAUCCACGUCUCACGAAUUCCCUUGCUUUUCUAGCUCGAGUAUUUGUCAUUUACUGAACGAGUUGUUCGUUUAUCUGAAUAAACGAUCCUUGUCAUUAUUGGUCAAAAUAUUGUUCACUACACCAGAUUUUUAUUUUGGUCCCGGUCGAAUUUGAUAUAUUUUCGUGCGUUAGCGUCACCAAUUGUUUUCUAUAGAAAAUAUGGAUCAAGAGGAAACCACCACACAGUCCGAAUAUCGGCCUAGGAACCGAAGGUAUGACGAACGCAGCAGUCGUCGAGCUGAAGAAGAUUCUCGACGGAACCAUGACCACAAGUCUCGACAUAGUAGACACAGACAUCAUCGUCGAAAUAAUGAUGCAGAUCGCGACGAGGGCCGUUCACGACAUCAAUCACACAGCCAUUAUCGCCAUCGGCGGGAACGAGAAGAACAUGUGAAACAUCCAGUGGAUGAACGGGAAUUGUCACCAGCUUCCAAGCGAACAGUCCAACAACCGGAUGAUUUUUCAGCAAAAGAAAUGGUACGUGCUCCAAAGCAAUCCACUUUUGGUUCCCGAUUCACACCGGCGACAAAUGAGGACGUGUUCAAUUUUGGCACGUAUGGUUCGUCAGCUAGUGCAACUAAGCUAGGUCCCAAAACAGCUUUACCUGAAAAGUUAGAAACUGAGGAACCUCAAUUGCAACCUUCUAGUCUGGCACGGGAAGAUAGGGAGUCAUCUACUGCUUCUGUUGUCUCCUACACUAUCGGCGACAAUGGUUCUGAAUGGCGGAUGAUGAAGCUUCGGCGAACAAUAGAAGCAGCUAAAAGUUCUGGGGUGCCUGUUGAGCAAGUGGCUUUAGAACGAUACGGUAGCCUUCGACUGUUUUAUGAAGCACGUGAGGAAUAUGAGGAGCUUGAAAAAAGAAAAAGACCAAAAAGACGAGGUAUUAAUGAAGGAGACACACCCAUAACGAAGGUUACGGGUCGUUUGUACUUUGAACGAAUGGCUCGAGAAGGCCAUCAACUUUCACAGGAGACGGGGGAACGCGUGGGUUCAACAAACGUGGCAUCAACUUCCUCAUCGUCUGUGCCGACCUUAGACCAAUUAAACAAAAUGAGAGCAGCCGUCUUGCGCGCUCGUCUCACAAAUGAUCCCCGGGAAAAGCAACUCGAACAGGACUUUGAGGCAGCACAAUCAGCAUUUGAGAAAAGUAAAUCGGCAAAGACAGCCGUUAUUAAUCCAUCUAACUCUUGUUAUAAUCAGACUAUCGAGGAAAUGGUGAAAGAAGAAAAACAAACGCGUCGACUUGGUUUAGAUGCUUCGUUGGCACGCAAUAUUAUGAGCGAUUCUCGAUAUUCAAAUGACUUAGACUAUAUGGAGGAGCAUGCAAAUCGUCUGGCGGACCGUGUUAAGCGGCGGGAAAUAAAUCUUGAGCGUUUGCCGACAAUGAAUAUGAAAAAAGCAGAGCACAUUCUUGACAAUUGUCCUCUUUGCUUAAAUGCUGAAAUGCAACCAUUAGCACCUGUUGUUGCUCUUGGUCAUCGGGCCUACUUAAGCUUGCCUACUGAGCCUGCAUUAGCAAAAUACCAUUGUAUCAUUGUGCCAAAUCAUCAUCGAGUCAACACACUUGAGUGUGACGAAGAUGAAUGGGACGAAAUUCGAAACUUUAUGAAAUGUGUUGCCCUCAUGUUUGACUCGCUGAAUAUGGGCGUCAUCUUUUACGAAAAUGUACCUUCUCCCGAAAAGUUUGUACACACAGCCAUUGAGUGUGUUCCCGUGCCUAAAAGAAUGCUCCAACUUGCACCCGCAUAUUUUAAGGAGGCCAUUCUUGCAUCAGAUGAAGAAUGGUCGCAACAUAAAAAAAUUAUUGAUACCCAGGCAGCGGCGGAAAGAGGUGCUGGUAAGUAUGCUUUCCGCAACUCAAUGGUGAAGGAGCUUGGCUACUUUCACGUUUGGUUUACCAUAGACGGUGGUCUUGGUCAUGUCGUUGAGGAUGCUGAGAAAUGGGGCAGUCAUGAUUCUCUGCCUCGUCAAGUUUUUGCAACAAUGCUCAAGCUUCCGCAAGACUAUAUACGUCGGCGGGGGAAAUGGACGGGUGGUUUUGACGAACGAGAGCUUCCAUUCAAAAAAUUAUUUUCCAAGUUUGACUGGACUCGGCAACUUACAGAGUAGUUAGUUCCGGGUUUUAGUUAUGGUAACUAUUUAGUUUUUUCGAUUGAUAUUAAUAUGUUAACAAUGGGAUGUUGAUUAAAUAAUUUGUGGGCAUUAGAGAACGCAAAAAGCUUAUGAAAAGUUUACAUUAACUAUGGCACGUCAGCAGAACCAAUUGUACAAUCCAAUAAUAACCAUAUGUUAGUCAGCCUCUUCCAUUCUUGUAUUA